AUGUCAAAUAAAUUAACUAAGAAAGCUGCAAAUUAAAAAAAUCAAAAAAAGUAGCCUAAAUAAUAUGAAUCAAUAUAUGAUUAAAAUAACAAUACUGUUCAAAAAUUAUAAUAAUUAAAAUUCAGAGAAUAUGAAUAAAAUUAAAUCUAAAAAUUCAUAAUUUCUAAUGAUGAAUAUAAAUUAUUAUUUUUAACAGGAUAAUCAGGAACUGGUAAAACAUCUCUUAUUCAUCAAUAUUCCAGAUUAUGGAAAAUUAAGAAUUAUAAAAUCAUAUAUACAAAUGCUAUGGGAUUUUUCAAUUAUAAAGAAGUUAUAUAAUAUUUAUCAAAAUAAUUAUAAUUACGUGGAACUGAUACUCAUCAAGACUUAGUAAAGAAAUUAUAAAAACACACAUCAAGUAAACUGUAUUAAAUAUUUUAUUAAUUUUUAGGAUUAUAAUUUUGGAUGAAUUUGAAAAUUUAUUUAAAGGAAAUGAUAUUGAAGCUUUUUAAUUAUUUUAAUUAUCCAAAUAUGUUCAUCUUAUAGGAAUCAAUAAUAAUAUAGGGUUUCUAGAAGUUUAAUUUAAAAAAUAAUAAUUAAAAUACCUCCUUAUUAAAAUAUAUUUUUAGAACCUUACACUUUGAAUUAGGUACAAGAAUUAGUAAAUGAUAUUCUAAAUUAAAAAGAUAAUAUGUAAAUUAUAUUAAUAUAAAUUAAAGUGAAUUAGACAAAAAUAUUGUUAAAUUAAUGAUAUCAAAAAGUUAUAAUGAGAAAGGCGGAGAUAUGAGAUCGAUUUAAGAAGUUUUGAAUGAAAUAAUGAGAAAUGUUAAAGAUGUUAAGUCUAAUGAAUAAAUAAAUUUAAAUAGAGUUGAUUUCUAGAUGAAAGAAGUAGUUGGAAGUUUAGCCUUUAAUUAAUAAUUAAUCUUAAUAGGAUUAAUGGUUUUAUUGAAAGAUAAUAAAACUAAUUUUGAAAUAGAUAUGUAAGAUUUAAUAAGAAAAGUGAAUGAAAUUAAAUAUAAAAUGAGUUUAUAAUUAAAUAUAGAUUUAGAAGAGGAAAUAAUUGAAUUAUAGAAUUAUAAUUUUUUUGAUAUAAGAGAAGUAAUAAAAGAAUAGAUGAGUUUUAAAGUAAGAAUAAAAAAGGUAAAAUGUAAAUUUACAUCAGAUGAAUUGA